GUCCGGUCCUGCGGCCAUGCCCGAGUGCCCGGAGCUGCACCUGGCCGGGCGCUACAUCAACGAGGCGUGCGGCGCGCUGGUGUUCUCGGGCGGCGUGGAGCGCUCGGCGGUGGGCAGGGGCCCGGAGGUGCCGUUCAGCAGCGAGGCUUACCGCAUCUCUGCCACCGCCCGGGGCAAGGAGCUGCGCCUGACGCUGACCCCGCUGGGCUCCGCCGGUGCCCCCCAGGAGCUGGUUUUCCGCUUCGGCAUGUCGGGCUCGUUCCGGCUGUGCCCCGCCGCCCAGCUCCCGCGCCAUGCUCACCUCCGGUUCCGCACCCGCGACAGCCCCCCGCGCGUCCUCUGCUUCAUCGAUGCCCGCCGCUUCGGGUCGUGGCGUCUGGGGGACGCCUGGCAGGAGGGCCGCGGGCCCUGCGUCCUCUCCGAGUACCAGGCCUUCAGGGAGAACGUGCUGAAGAACCUGGAGGACAAAGCUUUUGACAAGCCCAUCUGUGAGGCCCUCUUAAACCAGAAGUUUUUCAAUGGAAUUGGGAAUUAUCUCCGUGCUGAGAUCCUGUACAGGUUGAAGAUCCCUCCCUUUGAAAAGGCUCGGACGGUUCUGGAGGCCCUGAAGGAGCAGGAGCAGGAGAGGAGGAGGAAGAAUCCCCCCCUGACACUGAGCAAGAAGCUGAAGCUGAUGCGGGAGAACCCGGAUCUCCUGGAGCUGUGUCACAGCGUGCCCAUGGAGGUCAUCGCGACGGAGAAACACCUCUCUGACCCGGAUCACUCGGAUAACUACGCUGCAUUCAAGAGCUGGCUGCAGUGUUACCUGGUGCCCGGCAUGAGCUCCCUGCGCGACCGCAACGGCAGAACCAUCUGGUUCCAGGGAGAGCCUGGCCCCAUGGCUCCCAAAGGGCAGGCGCCCCGCAAGAAGCACGCUCAGGUGGAGUCAGACCCCGAGGCUGUGACCCCCAAGGUCCCCCCCCGUGCCUCACGACGGCGCCGCAGGGCCGCAGUGAACCCCCCGGUGCCAGCCGAGGAGGCCGGGGCUGGGCCGGGGAAGGGACGCGCUCGCAGGAGGAGGAGCGCGGCCACUGCCGGGGCCCUGCCCGAGCCCGAGGUCAAGGCUGGAAGGCGGCUCCGGAGCCCAGCGCGCAGGGGCAGAGGCACAGCCCCUGCAGUGUGAGUGCUGCCCCGUCCCC